AUGGAAACUCUUCUUGAAGAUGAAUCGAAAUUCAAACGUAUUUACAAGAAUUCUAUCAUUACAAAUGAAGAUCGUGUAAAUUGUUUGUUAUCAAGAUUACUUAAAGAAGGUUUCAUUACUAAUGAAGAAUAUCAUAUGGCUAAACCAAUAGGUUCAAGACCAGCUCGUCUUUACGAUUUACCAAAAUUACAUAAACCAAAAGAAAAUUAUCCAUUACGUCCUGUUACGUCUGCAAUAAAAACAGUUGGAUAUGGUUUACGUAAAAUGCUUAGAAAUCGGUUAAAACAUCUUCGAACAAGUCCAUAUGUUAUUGAAAAUUCUUUUGAUUUUUUAAACAAAAUUAAAUCAUCAAAAAAUAUGGAUAAGAUAUUAGCUUCAUUUGAUGUAGUAAAUCUCUUUACCAAUGUUCCACUUACAUUUACAAUGGAUUUUAUUCUUGACCAAAUGUAUCCGACAUGUGCAAAAUCAUGUCUGCAACUACCAAGAAUAAAACAAUGUCGUAAAUGUAAGGAGAAUGUUGAUUUUAGAACUCUACUCGAAGAAGUUACAUCUAAAACACAUUUUACCUUUAAUAACAAAAUGUAUGUUCAACAUAUAAUGGUGUUGCAAUGGGUGCACCUUUAG